AUGUCUGGCAGGGGGCUGAAAGGGAAAGGAAGAGACAAGGCAAACAGUCCUGGGGUAGAUGCACUGGGUUCAAGCUAUCAUCAGGCAAGUACUAAUCAGAAUGCUGCACUGUUCUCUGCUGUAUUGACUGCCUUCUUGAUUGAAAGCUCAAACAUGCUCAAACAGGAUCCCAAUGUCUCUGCUGCCACCCUGGUUGUGAUGUCUCAGGCACUGGUAGUGUUAAGAGUUGUUAACUAG